AAAGACAAAAAAAAAAAUUGCAUAAUUUUAAAUAUAAUGCUGAAUUUUAGGUUUUUUCUUCUAUGAUAUGCGUGGGUAUAGUAAUUUGAGCAUGUUGAGUGGUAUUAUACACCAACAAUUAAACUUUUAUUAGAGUUUUCAUGGUAUUGACAUUUUUACAUAUAUUUUAUAUAUAUUUUCAAUAUCACUUGCUUUGAUAGGUGCCAUUUUUAGGUAAAUGAAGGCUUUUUCCAAAUUGAAACGGAUUUUGUGAUGCGUAAUAGUCGAUGUAAUGAUAUCAACAUGCAAAAUGGACAUAAAAAUAACUUCAUUUUCGAGGCUCUGUGAGACACCUUGUGUGCAAAUACUGUAAAACAGCCCUGAUACAUGUGGAAAUGAAUAGAUCUACACCGGUGAUGUACGUUGGUUAAAUUUUUCAUUUCAUUUGCAGGUCGUCGCCAUUAUGCCUGAUGGCCAUGUACGGGUGGGGUUAUUUCCGACACUAUCAGAAACAAUAGUGUGCCAGCUGGGCACUGUGGCUGAACUCCCCCGUACAGCAACAAAGUCUUGGAAAAGUGGGAAGAAGACCGCCUUUCGGGCAGCCAAGGCAGCCGCCGCAGCCUCCAAGGAAUCCCCCGCAGCCUCCUCCUCCAAGGAACCGGCCAGGAAGAAACGAAAGGUGGCCAAUAGCCCUGAACUCGAACCCCCCGCAGCAUCCUCCUCCUCCGAGGACUCGGCAGGCAGGCAACCCUCUGAGAAAGGAACGAACAUUCGACUAAUGGAGAUGAAGGAAUCCCCCGCAGCCUCCUCCUCCAAGGACUCGGCCAGGAAGAAACGAAAGGCAGCCCAGAAAAGCCACAAAUUGAGUUUCGACGGGUACAUCGACUUGCUUGCUGCAAAAAUUGAAGAAGGGAACAAAACAAAAGGGAAUAAGGACCAGAGGAGAGGUGCUGACGGCAAAUUUGGCAAUAAAAAUUUAUUGGACUGUUCCUGGAGGACCUGGUUGAAAAGCAUGUUUACAGAAUAUCCAGGUGUGCUGUGCAAGUGCUCUUGUAAUCAUCGACCUUUGACUAGCGCACAAGCCUUAAUAAAACACAUAGAGAGAAAUCACUAUAUCAAUAAUGUGGUAUCAUUUGGUGAGGAGGACCUGGAAUUCACACCACCACAGUUUUAGCUCACCUCCCCCCCCCCCAAGUUUAAAUAAGUUGUUGAAUCAACUUUGGAAAUUCACCCCAAAUUCAAAUUUGGAAAUUCACCCUUGUCUAGUGGGUUCAACUAUAUUUUGUAUGCUCUACCUAUAGUAACCAUAUAUCUUGAUUUCCCAGAAACUUGUUGACGCUGCAAUUGCACUUCAUAUAAAUACAUGUUUUGGCAUUCUAUGUUAUUUGUAAAUGCUGUUUGUCCUUAUAUUUUGAUAUAUCCAGUUACUUUGUUUCUACUGUUUCGCAAGUAUCUUGGCAAUAAUAUCUCUUACUACUGUAUAUUUUGUAUGAGAGUCAAACUGUAGAACUAUGUGGGUUGAAGAAUAUCUCUUACUACUGUAUAUUUUGUAUGAGAGUCAAACUGUAGAACUAUGUGGGUUGAAGAAUAAAAGUGUGCACUCAAUCAAAUAUUGUUUUUAGGCCAAUACUUUGUAAGAUAUACCAAGUGCACUUGUAAUCCUCGACCUUUAGCUAGCGCACAAGCCUUAAUAAAACACAUAGAGAGAAAUGACUAUAUCAAUAAUGUGGUAUCAUUUGGUGAGGAGGACCUGGAAAUCAC